AUGGGCGGAAAAGUCCUCCAAAGCAGCUCCAUGGCAAACUUGCCCACCGCAAAAAGGGCAGCUCCCCGCUCUCUCACCCAAUUCAAAAUAGGUCCUCCCUUCAGCCCCACCUCUUCUGUCCUACCCAUAUACUCUCUGACUGGAGCCCGAGUUGAACCUGUCAUCAACGCCAGAAGCGAUAGAGGCUUCGAUAGGGAAGAUGGUGAUUGGAUUGGGUACAAAAGGAACUAUUUUGCGUUGGUGGCCUCUUUCCAUUUUCACGGUCAGUCGGUUGACAUAUGCUCUACUGAGUCCUUCUACACUGUAGACCAAGAAGGAGAAAAGCACCAGAUCUCUUGCUUCAAGCUCGGUCUUUUUGACUAUUGUUUGGAUACCGGGGACACGGGCAAGUUCCUCGUUCAACAUACAUCAAAAAGAGAUAAGGGACCUCAGUUUCUGCCACCAGUGUACAACAUUGUUCCUGGUCAGCUCCCACUGCAUGGUUUCAUGAAGCUGAUCGCCAACAUCAGAAAUCCCAACAGAAUUGACAAGUGCUAUGAGCAAUUCUAUUUGACCGAGAAGGAAAGGAACGAGUUUGAGAGUAGCAGUGCGUUGGCUUCAUAUCCAGAGGAUGCAGAGAUAGCUCGUGUUGCUCGAUAUGAGAGAAUGCAGUUUCUGACGGUCAGCAAGCAUUUCGUCCUUGGAUGCAAUCGGAAGUUCAAAUUGGUCAUCAGAUUGAUGUGUGAGUUGGAAAAUGGCGAGACUAGGCUAUUGGCUACUUCAGAAACUCCAUGUCUCAACAUCCGUGGAAGGUCACCAAUGAACUACGUUUCGGAAGCGCCAGCAGAGGCCAAUAAGGAGAAUGAUUUUGGACAAAAACGCAAAAAUGCUGAAAUGUCGCCGAUGGAGUAUUCAACCACUAGUUUCUUGGUUACAGCAUUUAGAAGGGUUCAAGGGCAAGCCCAGAAUCGUUUCAAUGUCUACUCUGGUGAACACGUUGAUAGAAGCAACUCCAGGAGAAGAACUCAGCACCAGAUCUCCGACCCUAAUAUCGAUACUGCCCUACUUUCCUCGCCAAUGGAAUCACUGACACCAAGACAGGGCCACAUAGUCACGUUGAAGCUUCCAGUUUCAAAACUUAAGGAUGCCUCCUUCUCGUCAAACCAGUUGCAAGAGCAUGAUCCUGCCAAGGUCAAACUCAACAUUGAUGGAAGUCCUAUGACCAGCAUGCCCAGUACCCCACGAGAAUCAAACAGCUAUGGGUUCAGAAGCUCAGAAAUAGAUCCAGCAUUUCUACAGCAGGACAACACCGUGAACGAUGCCUUGGAAGAGUACAGAAAAGUGCAACAAGAAUUGAGGAUACUAGCACCGGAUCAGGACUUUGAGCUUGACUUGCCUGUUCCUUUAACUGUACCCCUGACCAAUGGGACCUCCGCAAAUAGCAGUUUUUUCAGGCUGCCUCCAGCAUCUAUGGGAGAGCCUGAGCGGUUAUGCAAGCAUGGCUGCAAAAUGAAGACUGAGGAGCACGACAAACAAACCAACCUUCAGUGGAUGAAUCUUCCGGGGGUAGAGCUGGAGCUGACCUCUUUCUUUGAAAAUAACACCGACUCCAGUCUCAUGAGAUUCCGCAACCUGCUUUCCAAAAUCAAGGCAGAUAUCGCUCCUGUAACUGGAGAACUGUCACCACUCUCAGAUUUCAGCAACACCUACACGGGGCCACUUUGGUGA